AUGGGAGACUGGUCCAUUCUCGGACGCUUCCUGUCCGAGGUUCAGAACCACUCCACAGUGAUCAGCAAGAUCUGCCUGCUGAUCUUCCGCAUCCUGCUGGUGACCCUGGUGGGGGACGCGGUGUACAGCGAUGAGCAGUCCAAGUUCACCUGCAACACCCUGCAGCCUGGCUGCAACGUCUGCUACGACACCUUCGCCCCCGUCUCACACCUGCGCUUCUGGGUCUUCCAGAUCGUCUUGGUCUCCACGCUGUCCAUCUUCUACAUCGUUUACGCCCUGCACAAGAUCGCCAUGCAUGAGAAGCUGGAGAUCCAGAGGGGGCAGGUGAUGUCUGAGCGGACCUCCAAGAAGGUCUUUGGGCAGCUGGGAAGGGAAGGGCUGGAGAACUUGGAGACUGGUAUGUCCACCUACUGCCCUGGAUACAGAGAGGAGUGGGUUGGUCAGGAAGCGGAGGGGGUGGACCAGAGCCUGCUGGAGGAGGUCUAUUGGGAGUUGGGGGAGGACCCCACUCAGCUCUCCAGCCAGGUGCUGCUCAUCUACAUCCUGCACGUGCUGCUGCGCUCCGUCAUGGAGAUCACUUUCCUGGUGGGGCAGUACUAUCUGUUUGGCUUCAAGGUGCCCCAACUGUACCGCUGCGAGACCUACCCCUGCCCCACCCGCACAGACUGCUUCAUGUCACGUGCCACUGAGAAGACCAUCUUUCUCAACUUCAUGUUCAGCAUUAGCCUGGGCUGCUUUGUGCUCAACAUCGCAGAGCUGGGCUGGGUCUACAUCUUCCGCAUACUGUGCUCCACUUGCUCCACCUGCUUCCGCCCUGAGAGGGACCCUGUGGGGCUGUACGACCACCACAACCCUCUGUUGCUGCAGCUCAAACAUUCUCUGAGGGGCAGGCUGGUCCUGCAGACUCCCACUCUCAUGGCCCAGGAGAUAGCUGGGGGCCACCUGCUCACUCAUGUCCCAGCCAUCACCUCUGAGACCGAUUCGACUGUGGAGUGCACCUCCAAGAGGACUCCGGAAGAGAGGGACCGGGUUAAGGUUAAACUGGCAAACAUGGCCAAGAUGGGACGAACUAAGAAGUCUUGGCUGUGA